UUCUAAAAAUAGUUAGUUUAAGUGCUUGAACAAUUGUUGUGUUGUUCUGUAUACCACGUCUUCUUGAACAUAAUUAACUAUUUUUUUUAGAAUGGAUGUAAAAUUGAAAAUUACACAUUGUGUUUAUUUAUUUCCGCGUAAUUGUUUUUCCAUUUCAGCAUCCACCUUGAACGCACGAUAUUAUGACACGAUGUAUCUUGAGGCAUAUUUUCUGUUUGGAUUUAUGUAUUCUGUUAAAGGAACAACCUUCAAAGUCACCAGCCAACAAAACGUUUUGAAUACUCACUUCGAUUGUGGAACAGGUUACGAAGUCGCUGGCAAAAAUGCUUUUAGCAACUGUCAACCGGAAACCUGCAAGAAGAUAAAUCUUAAAGGAAUAGAUAAAACAAUUAAUAUUAACGACACAUAUUGGGUAAAUGGAUAUGUGUUGAUGUCACCAAUCAUGGAAUAUCUUGGUUGUUUCGAUAUUAAGUCAGCACAUAUUAACACAGACAGCAAGAACAUUUCUGAUAAUGACGUGUUAAACUGUGUACUCUUCUGUCAAGAACGUGGAUUCAAAACGAACGAUGUUAUUCUUUUUAAGAAAAAAGCAUGCUCUUGCUUGACACAAAGAAGAUUGAUUGAACAGACAAAACGAAGUGACAGCAGCAUGAACGAAAACCACAAUGCCAGAUGUUCAGAGCAAUGCCCAGGAGACAAUACAGAUGAAUGUGGUGGCAGCAAUUACUUUUCUGUGUAUAACAUAACAGAAAACAGAAUCAGAGGUCGAGAGCAUUCAUGUGUAUGUGAAAAUCUACAAAAUCCAGCUCAUUCGAUGGAGGAAUGUAAAAUUUGCCCAGUUGAUCUACAGUUCCUGUGUCUAAACACAUCAGACAAAGAUGAUCGCAAACAAAUGGAAACGAACUGUACUCAGAUCCCUUUAACAUGGCGUCAGACCCUAACGACCUGCUUAAAAUCAGGUGCCUACUUCAAAAUAUCAACACGGUCUGGCGAAAGUUGUUAUAUAGCACCGGUAUCAGUCAACACAAGUGACUUUCAAUACAGCUUUGUUAAGUUGUUGUUUGUGUGGAACACAAGACCUAAAUCAAAAUAUGACUACAAAUGUCUGGGACUUCGUUUAGAAGAGAAGAAGGUGUUUAAGCUACUUUCUAUUAACUGCACCGAAAAGCGAAAGGCCCUAUGUCACAAGGUGUCGAAUGAAGAUUUAACAGAAGGUUUAGGCGAGCUAUUGACAGAAAAAACGACAUUAAAGUCAACUCCUUAUACAACAGUUUUUAAUGUGAGUGAAGCCAAUCAUACAUGGGAUAGGGCUGCCAAUGACUGUAUAGAUGGCUGGACAUUGUCUGGAGAGGGCAUAUUCAAUUCUUGUCGUUCAGAUUCAUGUCAGACUAUUAAUGCAAAUGAUAUGCUACCUUAUUUUAAAAUGAAACCCCCCUUUCUUUGGAUAAAUGGCUCUGUAGUACGAUCACCUGUCAUGGAAUAUUACGAGUGUCUGAAUUUUACAAACGUAAAAAAUACAGUGAAUGCAUUACGAAAACAUAAAACUUUGUAUCAAAACGGUGUUGAAAAGUGUUCCCUAUUUUGUAAACAAGAUGAAUACUUAAAAGACAAAGACUUCAUUUUUCUACAGAAUGAUACUUGCUAUUGUGUACCGGAUAAAACGCAACAACAAUGGGUUAGACAAGAGGUAGUACGCAAGGUAUCAACCAAGAUCUGCGACAUACGAUGUGAUGAAGACAAUGUUGACAGAUGUGGAGGCACACAAUAUAUUUUUUCAGCGUAUAAACUGAUAGGAUUAUCGAGUAGUGAAGAAAUUGGAGGUAAUUGUUUCUAUACGUUUGGCAAUAGUCACAAAGUAAACCGUAUCAGUUGUAAAGAAGGCUUACAGUUUAAGUGUGAGGAGGUCAAACAAUCAGACGGCACCAGGAAGAUUGAUGUUAGAUGUUUUGAGAGUAAGUUGAAUUGGUACGAUGCAAGAAAAACAUGCAACACAUUUACAAAAUAUAUUCAACUUUUGAACAACCAGUGUGAUAAUGACAAACAAUUUGCAGAUAAAUUAUGGCACAACAGAUUCGUUAAGGAGAGGAUUGUUUGGAAUGCAGAUAUUCCAACUGAUAUGUAUAAGAAAAAUGGAUACAUAUGUUUAGCAAUAAAGCUCACAAAAGAUUCCAAGUAUAUUCUAACAGCUCAAAAUUGUGACAAAAAUUACCAUUCUCUCUGUCAGAAAGACGUCUGGGAUACAAACGGUAUUACAACGAACAAUGAGCAAGAAACAGGGGAUUCGAAAGUUAGCAUGGUUAGUAUAUAUGUUGGAAUAGCAGUGACACUGGCCAUAUUGCUGAUAUUUUUGAUAGUUCUAGCUGUCUGUGUCAGAAGACGAAAACGUUCUAUGCAUAAAGAGGUACCCGCUGCAACUGAUGUUUAUUAUUCGACAGUGACAGGCGACCAGAUAAUUGAAAACCAACCCAAUACACCGGAUUGCAUGAAAAAAGAUCAAAGUGAUGCAAAUCUUCUGCUGUCGGCAAAAAGGGUGAACAACCACGCGGAGUAUGAUCAACAGGAAAUAAACCAAAAAGGAACAGUAUAUGACCAAGCAGGGUUGCCCGAUAGCGAUGAGUAUGAUGUGUCAAGUACAUGCCGGAAGAACAGGCCGAAUGUCGAGGAGGAUGUCUGUUAUUAUGAUCACAAUCGAGAUGUUGAUACGGUGUAUGAUGAGACAGAUACACACGGGUUGAUUCAGAGAAACGAGAUUAGUGAAAUAUAUGACCAUACGAGAGAAAUUAAUGAUGAUUAUGAUGUAUCCCAGGCGUACCGGCAGCAAGGCAAGACUAUUAAUGAACCUGUGUAUUCCAAAUCGGAUUUCUGAUUGCGUGACAUCACUAUUGAACCCGAAAGUGACAUGCACAUAGUAAAACUAUACCAGGCUCAUAACGUACAUGUUAUAAAUAUUUUUUUUAAUUCUUAGUUUAAAAAAAAAAUCGACGUUUGACCUUCUGUUGCUUUUGCAUUUACAAUUUUUAGGAUCAUUUCAAUCUAAUGUAAACACAUUAUGUAUUAUGAUCACAAGAUAAUUAAACAGUAAGCUUUUUUAUAAUAA